AUGACUCAGAUUGGACUGUUCAUCGCAGAUCUUCACCCGACUGCUCCUGGUGACGAAGAACCGGCCAAUGCAGAGCCCAAUGCACUGCCACCAGAGACGGAGCCAUCUGCAUCUGGGCCUAAGCUCAAACUUUCCAGUAGCGAUAUAAAUCCGCCGGGGAUCCAGCGACAUGUGGUGGAACACAUUAUGAAGAACGAGGAGGGAGUAGUAUAUCAGCGGCUCAGAGCAUUCUCAGGACGACUGCCCAGACCUAACCAUGAGUCUGACUAUGAGACCUGGAGGACAGGCGUGGACCUGAUGAUGAGCGAUCCAUCUGUGUCAGAUCUCCAGCGCUCCAGGAGGAUAGUGGAGAGUCUUCUUCCUCCCGCAGCAGAUGUGGUGAAGCACCUGAGGUUUGAUACAAUGCCUGCAGAGUAUUUGGAUACUCUUGAUUCUGCAUACGGAACUGUUCAGGACGGAGACGAACUGUUUGCUAAAUUCAUGGACACGGUUCAGGAUGCUGGUGAGAAGGCUUCUGCUUAUCUCCAACGGCUCCAGGUUGCCCUGAACUCUGCUUUGAAGAGGGGAGGAGUCAUCGAGUCUGAUAUAAACCGACAUUUGUUAAACCAGUUCUGUCGAGGAUGCUGGGAUAACACCCUGAUAGCUGAGCUCCAGCUUAAGCAGAAGAAGACUCAACCACCUCCUUUCGCACAGUUGCUACUCCUGUUACGCACAGAAGAGGAUCGGGAAGCUGCUAAAACUGUGCGGAUGAAGCAACAUCUUGGGCCUGCACGCCAGAAAUGCUGA